AUGAAGGCCUUCAUCCUGCUGUCGCUGUUCGUUGCCGGUGCCUUGGCUGGCGUUGAGGAGAGCAUCUGGCUGUCCAAGCAGGUGCGCCUGGAUGCCGGCACCAGCGCCGAGUACAAUGGCCGCAUCGUCGGCGGCUCGACCGUCCCGAUCAGCCAGUUCCCGUACCAGCUGUCGCUGCGCCAGAACGGCAACCACAUCUGCGGUGCCUCGGUUAUCUCCUCCAACUGGGCUCUGUCCGCUGCUCACUGUACCUUCCCGAUGCCGAGCGCUGCCUCCAUCUCGUUCCGCGGUGGUAGCGACAGCCGUACCGGCGGUGGUGUCAUCUUCCAGGCCGCCCAGAUCAUCAACCACCCGCAGUACAACAGCAACAACCUGAACAACGAUGUGUGCGUUAUCCGUAUCACCACCUCGUUCGUCGGUGCCAACAUUGCCCCGAUCCGUCUGGUCGCUAGCGGAACCAGCUUCGCUGCCGGCACCAACAGCGUCGUCUCUGGAUGGGGUCUGACCUCUCCCGGAGGAUCGCUGCCGGUUAACCUACACGCCGUCAACAUCCCGGUCGUCGCCCAGGCUACCUGCAGCUCGCAGUGGGGAACUGGACGUAUCACCGCCGCCAUGGUGUGCGCUGGUGUUCAGGGCCGCGACUCGUGCAACGGUGACAGCGGUGGCCCGCUGGUCACUGGUGGAGCCCAGUUCGGUGUUGUCUCGUGGGGUGCAGUGCAGUGCGGUGGACCUCUGCCGGGAGUGUACGCCAACAUUGGUAACGCCGGCAUCCGCAGCUUCAUCAGCCAGAACACUGGAGUGUAAGAAGCGACUGAUGCGCUCUUUCUAACGAGUCAAACGAAUGGAUAAUUAAAACCAAAACGCUAACGCAACAAA